CGGCUCCCUGCAGUAUAUAAAACGUCGCGCACGCGCCAGCUCGUCAGAUCCAUCCGAACCUUCCUCGCAGCUUCUCUCUUCAUCACCACCCAUCUUCACUCUCACCACCAUGUCCAUGGCCACCCGCACCGUCUCCAACGCCGUCCGCAGGGGCGCACAGAUGCGCGCAGCAGCGACUCUGCCGAGAACCACCGUGUCUCGUCGCACUUACGCGGACGUCCCCCCACUCGAGCAGCCCCCGAAAUCCUCCAACGCCGUCCUCUACACCGCCCUCGCCCUCGCCGCGGCCGGCGGCGGGUACUACUACUUCUCGCAGGAGCCCGAGGACGAGCUGAAGCGCGCAAAGGACGCCGCCGCCGCGCGCGCCGCCUCCGCGCGCGACCAGGCCGCCGCGGAGCUCGACGUGUACAAGAAGGAGGCGCAGAACCAGUGGGAGGGGGGGAAGGCCGCCGCGGGCGCGGAGCUCGAUAAGUACAAGACGGCGGCGAAGGAGCAGUGGCAGGAUGCGAAGAGUUUUGUGCAUGUGGGCACGGACGCGACGAAGCGCGAGGCAGAGGAGAAGGAGGCGCAGGCGAAGAAGGGCUGGUUCAGCUGGCUCAGCUGGGGUAGCAGCAAGGCCGAUGACGCGCAAGCGAAGGCAGAGGAGGCCAAGAAGGCUGCUGCUGCCAAGGCUGCGGAGGCUGCAGAGGCGGCUCGCAAAGAAGCCAACAAGCACGCAUGAGGCUGUAGAUGCACCACGGACUGAACUGUAACACACGCCUAUGUAUUUGUAACUCUUGCAUGUUGUACACCGAAUGCGCAUUGGUGAACACAAGUAACAUCCUUUCUGAAAAC